GUACUCUAGUGCUCUCCGUGCAAGUUGCGGACCCACCAGUGGUGUUUCCUCCUUUUCAACGUCGUCCUCUUCCAUGCCCUGUUGUUUGGGGCGGACAUUGUCGAGGAGUACCUCUUGCAGCCCACGCCUGCGGUCUACACCGAUGGCAUAGUUGUUGAUGUAAGAGAGAGAGCAAGGAAACUAGAUCUGAGCAGCGCCAGGGAGAACAUUUCCCACGACUACCCAAUGACUAACCCCAAUGCCUGCAGAAACUCCAACCUCUUCCUCCUCGCUCUGGUUUUCAGCUCCACAGCUAAUGUCACCCAAAGAGAUGCAGUGAGGAAGACAUGGGCCAACCAAACGCUCAUACAAGGCUUCCCAGUUCGGAUACUGUUCUUCCUUGGAUCAACCGACACUUUCGUUGCACAAAAGGCCCUCGCGAUAGAGUCUGACCGUCACGGGGACAUGGCCCAAGGUCACGCUGUGGCUGACUCAUCUCUCCGGGGCCCAACAGAGAUGACAGUGUCGGCCCUCCGCUGGGUGAUCGCCUUCUGUCCCGUGGCACGCUUUGUUCUGCUGACCAAGGACUCUGUGUUUGUGAACCUCCCAGCCAUCGGAGGCUACCUACUCGGGCUGCACCGGCACCCAGAGGACUUUUAUUUAGGAAGGGUGAUCCAGAGAGAAUCCCCUGACAGGGACCCCAAAAGUCCUGGCUACCUGCCGCCAGCACUCUACCCUGAUAAGUACCUACCUGAAUACUGUGAUGGAAUGGCCUACGUUCUAUCCCAGGAUGUGGUCAGAAAAGUGUAUGUGGCGUCUGCAGCGGUCCGUGCGCCUGUGCGGCCGGAUGUUUUUGUGGGCCUUUGUGCUCAGAAGGCUGGCGUCACACCAAAACACAGCUCCAGGUUCUCAGGAGAGAAACAUAUCCGCUAUAACGCCUGCUGUUACCGCUAUUUGUUCAGCUCGGCAGUGAUGGAAAGCCACGAUCUAGAAAGAGUGUGGGCGGACCUGGGACAGAAGAGUGGAAGAUGCUCACUGUUACAGACCUACUCUGGCCUGUUGAUCUGUAAGACUCUCACAUAUCUAGAUAAACUAUCCUUUUUCAACUCUAAGGGAUGAGCUGAAUUGAACAGUUAAUUUAAUAGAGUAUGUGUUAGUAAAUUCAUUUUCUUGUAAAGGAAAAAGACUGAAAGAGACAGACCUUGUCCAUUUUUCACAGAGCCAAUGCAGAAGGGAUAGACAUCAAACAAGUAUGCAUUGUUCUCUAUAACACUGUGAAUGGAAUGGACCUGCCGUUAAUGUAAUGCAUACCUGUGCUUCUCCUUCAGUCAUUCCUAAGUGCCCCUCUCACUUGAAGUACAUUCACUUAAUAAGCAGGGUACUUUGCUGCAAUAAAAACACAACAACUAUGAAAUAAAUACACAAGUGGACAAUCAAUUUUAAUAUAAAUGGAAUCAGUUUCCUUAAUGCAGCUAUAAAGCAGUUUCUACAUCACCAUAUUACUGCUGCAAACCAUAGUUUAAAAAACCCUCAUACAGUUCCAAGUACGGGCAUUCUGUCAAAGAACAGCAGUCUUACGUCAUCUAUUUUCUGUACCGCAGCUUUUUAAUGUGCAACCUAAUUCCAUAAGCUUAUUGACUGCUAUGUGCAAAUACUCAUUAAUGCAUCAUGUAACUGUUGUGGUUGAAGAGCAACAAGCUGUAAGCCUGUGUUUAUUUUACAUAUAGUUUCUUUAUUUAUCUGUAUCUCUUUUUGUGGUUAAAAUAUGCUAACUGAGCUGUGUCUGUAGGGGGUUGGGGAAAGGAAAACCGUUUCCACUCUCUCUUUAAAUAAGGUGGCACACGUGAAUGAGCCGGGCUUCACUAUGACCAAUAAGGCAGGACCUGAACCUGAACAUCUGCAGUCCAAAACAAGUAGUCACAUUCUUGAUUCUACCGUCAGGUCUAGAAACCAGCAGCAUGGGAAGUCCACAAUGUUGGAUGUCUGACUGAUGGGGUAUUUUGUUUUUUGGACAAAUUCGUAUUAUUUUGCAGCUGCUUCAGGGAUGAUUACUGUGAGUAAUGGAUGAUGCUUCUCUAGCCUUGAUCUUUUGAUAGUGGCUUUCUUCCACCAUACGCCGCAUCGCUCUCUUUCAUAACCUAACUGUUUAGAAAUGAAUAUAGUGAGAUUAUCUCAUAGUCUGUCUGCUUUCAUCUUUCAUGCAUACAAGUAGUAAGUGUAGUAAUAGAGGACCAGUGUAGAUUUAGUGUUGUGUCAGUUUUCUUUUAUUCUUUUCAUGGAGAUUAUAUGGCAAUAUGCUGUACAAUAAACUAUUUAACAGAUAUUUCUAUGCACAUGAUUGCAACAUCUAUGUUGGUGAAUACUGGUGUAAGUGAUAUAUUUAAGACUGAUUAAGAUUUAUUAUGCUCACGAUUAUUGUACUAAAAAAGUAUAUUUGUAGCUGUUUAACGGGUUUGUUAGUGGUUGAAGUAAGGUAGUCUUAUUGUGUGGAAACAUCUAACCUGCUGAAGCGCAAUCCUGGCAGGGGUCAUCAUCCAUACCAAGAGUCAACUCGUUAGUCAAGGAUGCUGACUUCCUGUUUCCAUGGCAAUGACUCAACAUGCUGAGGUUGCUGCCAUACUAGGAAACAGAAACUCCUUUAGCACCAAAGUAAGGCUUGAUGAUGGUUGAGUGUUAACACCAAGUGGAACCAAGUGUGAAGAGAAGCUUUGGCAAGAGACAAAUGAUCCAAGAGUGCGAGUCUUUUAAUAAUCCUGGAGCUGCAUGUGUCAUAGGGCCUCUUGUAAGCGGUACAGAGGACAACGUGAUUGGCCUGAGGCUUCAACAUCCUUCGAUCCAGUUACAAAGCUUUGCCGUAAUAUAACCUGCACUGUAUGUGAGCAAUGGU